CACAGAUAUUGCCAGCUCAACAUGCUGCGCAUAGCUGUAGCUCGAAGCGGCAAGUGCCUAGAGCAUGGCAUACGCGCCGGAGGGGCUCGCCAAUGGCAGUCGCAGCGGCUGCAACCUCUAGCAAGAGCAUAUGCCGUUCCCGCCCCGCCGACGACUGACAAGGUCGUCCUACCCGGCAGCGACAGCAGCACGACCGCAGGAGUACCGAAGCCUCCAGUCCUCCCGUCGGCCACCACCACCUCCUCCUCCUCCAUCACGCCCGAACAGUCGCCGUUGACCCCCCCUACUCCUACUCAGGUCCAGUCCAAUCCUCCCGCGCCCUCGACCACCGUCGGCAAUCUCCCUCCCACUGGCACGGGCACCGCAAAGACAGGGCCCUCGUCAGCUCCUCCGCCCCCUCCCAAGAAGAAGGGACGCUUCCGGCGCUUUCUCUUCACCCUCAUCAUCUUGUCUGCGCUUGGUUACGGUGGAGGUAUCUAUUAUUCGCUCAUCAAUGACAACUUCCACGACUUCUUCACGGAAUACGUCCCAUAUGGCGAGGAUGCCGUGUCAUACUUCGAGGAGCGCGAGUUCCGCAAGCGCUUCCCGAGCUCCUCGUCUUCUUCCUCCAACAGCUGGCCACAGACCCGCGGCGAGAACAAGGUGACCAUUGGGCGGCAGAGUGGCAUCAGCCCGCGUGUGGCCAAGGCAGAGAACGAUGGCGGUGAUGUGGGUCUCCGAGGCAGACAUACCAGUGCUCUCGCAGAGAAUGACCCAAAACCGGCACCCAAGAUGCAGUCUGUGAAAGAGCCCACGAAGCCUUUGACAACAGAAGCCUCGCCGAAAUCCCCUGCUAAGCAAGUCGGGCAGUCUUCUGAAUCCGUUACGGCCCAGCCAGCACCCACACCCGUCCCCACGAUCGAUCACCUUAGCGCGCCGGAGGCACAUGAGCCCGCUGUGCAAGAGGCGAUUAAGCUGGUCAAUGGCAUCAUAACAGCCAUCAACAACACACCUGAUUCCUCAAAGUUUGGCUCAGUCCUCGCACAAGCCAAGAGCAAUCUCGAUAAGGUCAUAGAAGAGAUUAAGCUUGCAAAAGCCAAAGCUGCGCACGAUGCCGAGACCGAGAUCAAGAAUGCCCACCUGGAGUUCGACCAGGCAGCCAAAGAACUCGUUCGGCGGCUAGAGGGCGAAAUGCGCGAUCAGGAAACGCGAUGGCGUGAAGAAUACGAGCAGGAGCGGGAAAAGCUCAGUUCGAGCUAUCAGCACAAGCUGUCCGCGGAAUUGGACACUGCGAGGAAAGUCUACGAGCAGAAGAAACAGAACGAGCUUAUUGAGCAGGAGAUUUCUCUGCAAAAGAAGUUUAUGGAAAGUGUCCGAAGCAAGGUUGAGGAAGAGCGCGGCGGCAGGCUUUCUAAACUCGAUGAACUGUCGGGCAGUGUCGCGCAGCUCGAGAAGCUGUCAUCGCAAUGGAAUGAAGUUGUCGAUGCGACCUUACAAACACAACAUCUUCAAGUGGCCCUGGAAGCUGUGAGAGCCAAGCUGCAGGCAUCCGACACUCCCACGCCAUUCAUCGACGAGCUCGUGGCACUAAAGGAGGUCAGUAAGGACAACGAUGUUGUCAGUGCUGCUAUCGCCUCGAUACAUCCUGCUGCUUACCAGCGUGGUAUUCCAUCGCCUGCGCAUUUGAUCGAUCGAUUCCGCCGUGUAGCGUCAGAGGUCCGGAAGGCAAGCCUCUUGCCAGAGGACGCUGGAGUGGCUAGUCACGCUGCUUCUGCAGUCUUGAGCAAAUUCAUGUUCCAGAAGAAGGCUGAUCGCGGUCUGCCAGAGGGAGAUGACGUGGAGGCCACACUCGCGAGAGCAGAAGUUCUACUAGAGGAAGGCGAUCUAGAUGCAGCCGCACGCGAGGUGAAUGGACUCAAGGGCUGGGCGGGUGUAUUGAGCAGAGACUGGGUGGGAGAAUGCAGACGAGUGCUCGAAGUCCGGCAAGCAGUCGAUGUCAUAUCUGCGGAAAGCAGACUACAGAGUCUGCUUGUCGGGUGAGGCUCCAUUUUCUUCGUGUCCGCUUGUAGCAUAUCGACUCCAGACCGUGUAUAGCAGAAUAGAAGAUCUUCAGCAUAACGAAUGAAUGCAACAUGCACUUGUGAGGUUGCCUCUGUGCUUAUUACAG